AUGGUCAGAGAGAACCAGUCAACAGCCAUAGAAUUCCUCCUUCUGGGACUUGCUGGGCAGUCAAAGGAGGAAGAGGUCAUCUUCGGAAUGUUCUUGUGGAUGUACUUGGUCACCGUUUGUGGGAACUUUCUCAUCAUCCUGGCCAUCAGCUGUGACCCUCAUCUCCACACACCCAUGUACUUCUUCUUGGCCAACCUCUCCAGUGUUGACAUCUGUUUUUCUUCAGUCACUGUCCCCAAGGCUCUGGUAAACCACGUGUUGGGAAGCAAGUCCAUCUCUUAUGCAGAGUGUAUGACCCAGAUCUAUUUCUUUAUCACAUUCAUCAACAUGGAUGGCUUCCUCCUGAGUGUGAUGGCCUAUGACCGCUAUGUGGCCAUCUGUCACCCUCUCCACUACACCAUGAUGAUGAGGCCCAGACUCUGUGUCCUCCUGGUGGCCAUAUCAUGGGCCAUCACAAACCUGCAUGCUCUCUUGCAUACUCUCCUCAUGGUUCGACUCACUUUCUGUUCCCAUAAUGCAGUGCGCCACUUCUUCUGUGACCCCUACCCUAUCCUGAAGCUCUCUUGUUCUGACACCUUCAUCAAUGACAUCACAGCCUUCACUGUGGGUGGGCUGACCUCUAUCACACCAUUCACAUGCAUCACUGUUUCCUAUGGGUAUAUUCUCUCCAAUGUGCUGAAGUUCCCAUCUAUUCAGGGAAUAAGGAAAGCCCUGUCUACUUGUGGGUCUCACCUCACUGUGGUCUCUCUCUUCUAUGGGGCGAUCCUGGGGGUCUACAUGCAUCCUUCGUCUACAUAUUCAGUACAGGACACGGUGGCCACUGCCUUUUUCACAGUAGUGACACCCAUGGUCAAUCCCUUCAUCUAUAGCCUGAGGAAUCGUGAUGUCAAAGGAGCCCUUAAGAAACUCAUGUGUAGGAGACUCACUUCUUCAAGAUUCUACAACUAG